AUGGAAACUGACACCAAGUCACCUGUCCAUCCCCCUGCUCUUACUCGAUAUUUCAUCGAGGGAUUGGCCGGUCGUCUGCAGUUUCCUGUGUACGAGACAAACGUCAAAGGGGAUGUGAUUGUUGUGCCUGGAGAAACGGUGUGUCGAGUGCCUGGCUGCUCAAACAGCACAAAACAUCCAGUAGAGUGGCACAACCUGGUGGGUGAGGCUAGCAUUAUUGCCCAGUCUACCAAAGAGGAUAAGAGAGCACGAAUAAAGUGA